AUGUCGCUUCCAACAUCAGAUGAAUCGACAUCUUCCUCAUCAAAUUACGAACAACGAGUCCUAUUUCCUGAUAUUCAACGAGAUGAUAUACAAGUUGGAGAUCACAUUGGAGUUGGAUCGUUUGGCGCAGUUUUCAGUGGAACAUGGACACUUCCAGAUGCAAGUCAACGAACAAUUGCACUGAAAAAAGUAUUCGUUUUGGAAAAAGAAGCUGAAAUUCUAUCGAAAAUACGACAUAAAAAUAUAAUUCAAUUUUAUGGAAUAUGUAAAGCAACUGGAAAUGAUUACUUUAUUGUAACUGAAUAUGCUGAAAAAGGAAGUCUUUAUGAUUACAUCCAUUCCGAUGAAUCUCAUAAUAUUUCCACGUCAUCUGGAGGACAGAAUUCAUUUGAUGUUGUUGUCAAGUGGGCAUCUCAGAUAGCAAAUGGAAUUCAAUAUCUUCAUUAUGAUGCAGUUGACACUAUAAUUCAUCGAGAUCUAAAAUCAAAAAACGUGGUCCUCGACAAGAAUCUGGUGUGUAAAAUUUGUGAUUUCGGAACUUCUAAAGAUCUAACACACUCGUGUACAGCACCCUCGUGGGGUGGAACUGCUGCUUGGAUGAGUCCUGAAAUGAUUCUUCAAUCGGAAGGACUGACCACAGCAACAGAUGUUUGGAGUUAUGGAGUCGUCUUAUGGGAGAUUUUAUCAAAGGAAGUACCAUAUAAAGAUUACUCAGAGUUUCGAAUAUUCACGAUGAUCACUCAAUCUGGAAUCACUUUGGCAAUACCUCCAUCGUGUCCAGCUCCAUUAAAACAAUUGAUGAAUAAUUGUUGGAAAAUGACACCAAAAGAUCGAGCAAAUAUGCGUCAGAUUCAAGGAGAACUCAAUCGACUUCAGGGAAAUCAAAAAGUAAUGGACGAAUGCGAAAAGUUUAUGGAAUUGGAAGAUUGGAAGACUGAAAUUGCAAAACAAGAAAAAAGUGUUGAGAAAAUGCGAAAAGAUCUUGAAAAAAGAAGAGAACAGUUGGAAAUUCGUGAAAAAGCAUUGAAACAACGUAUGAAAGUUGAACAAGCAGUGAUGGAUUCAGCCAGACAUCCACCAGAAGAUGUUCAUCAAUGGAGUGAACAUCAUACAUCACAUUGGGUUGAAACUGUUCUUGCAAGAGUUGCAAACGACAAGAAAUUUCUGGAUCGAGUGAACGCCGCCGUGUUUCGGAAUAGAAUAACCGGAGCAAGACUACUGGAAAUGACUCAAAAUGAUUUGGAACAUUUGGGAGUGCAGAAAGUUGGAUCGAGAAUUGAAUUGAUGAAAAUGAUUAGAAAAUUGAAAGAUUCGCAAAAGGUGUUACACGCAUUUCCGACAUUAGAACAAGCGAAACAAAUCGAAAUGAGUUUGAAAACAGAAAAAGAGCCAGCUGGACACUUGGCAAAUGGAGUUGACAUAGUGAUAAUCAUUGGAAUGUAUGUCAGAAGAAUGAAUCCAACUCGAAGAAAAUUCAAGUUUUACGCCGAUUCUGACUGGAUUGAUGAGACCGAUAUUCCAGCGAAAUCGAAAACGAAACAGGCAUCCGCUUUGAUAAAAACUGUCUGUUUUUCUGUACUUGAUGACAAUACAAAAAAGCCAAUAAACGAACCAUCCUGUUCGAUCUCAAGUGGAAUGACUACAAAUCCAGAUUGGAUUACUGUAGAUACAGAAGACGAAAUCAAGAUUAAAGUGAUCGUCAGUGUAUAUUUUGCAGAUACCGUGACUCAACCAAGAAACACUGAAAUUGUUGAGUUGAUAACUUCAUUAGAAGAGAGUAAGAUUUUGGAAGAACGUCAUGUUCAUUUACGUCUUCGAAGAAGUUCAAGUAGUGCUUCAAUCUCAACUCCUUCUCCAUCUGUCAUUCCUCCAGUUUAUCAUCCGUUCGGACAUUUAAAUAAUGGAUUUCAUCAUACCACAAGUUCUCCUCAAUUACGUGGAUUCUGGCAUCGAAAACAGGCUGGAAUGAAUAGACAUGGACUGACUGAAACUGAAUUGAGUAGUCUUCAAGAGCAUCUAAGAACACCAUCUCCUGAUAAACAAACAGAUGAAAAUGUAGUGUUGACAGUCCCAAAGAUUCCAAGGAGACGAAGAACGACGACGACAAAUUCAGAAGAGACGGAAACAAAAGAAGCAGAGACUCCUGCUCGCCGAAUUCAUGUUCACGGAGGAAAAGAUAAAUGGAAUUGGAAAAAAGGAAAAUCGAGACCAAAAUUCACUUGA